CUGCAGUGACUGCGGGUGAAGGAGCAUCUCAGUCGGGAUGCAGGCUGUCGGUACCCGGCGACAGCUCCGCUGAUCCCCGCUGGUCGAUGCGUCGAAGAUGUCUGUGUCCGGGAUGAAGAAGCAGCUCCACAAAGCCAGCCAGCUGCUGAAUGAGAGGCUGAUGGGAGAUGAAGGAACCAAGCUGGAUGAAGAUUUCCUGAAAAUGGAAAAGGGUGUCUCAGUGAUCCAUGCUCUGCUGGCCGAGCUGCUUUCCAGAACCACAGAGUUCCUCCAACCAAACCCAGCUUACCGAGCUAAACUGAGCAUGCUCACCACCAUGUCCAGGAUUCGAGGGCAGGCGAGGGCGACGGGGUACCCGCAGACAGAGGGCAUGCUGGGAGACCGCAUGCUGCUCUACGGCCAGAAGCUGGGAGCUGCUUCUGAGUUUGGUGGUGCUCUGACUGCUGUGGGCGGAGCUCUGCAGCAGGUCAGUCAGGCCAGGGAUGCUCUGGACGUCAGUGUCAAACGCUCCUUCAUCGACCCCCUGCAGAACCUCCACAACACAGAGCUGAAGGAGAUCAAGUACCAGCUGAAGAAGGUGAACGGCCGCCGGCUGGACUUCGACUACAAGAGGAGGCGAAGUGGGAAGGUCCCAGCGGAGGAGGUGCGGCAGGCUUGGGAGAAGUUCAUCACAUCCAAAGAGCUGGCAGAGAGGAGCAUGUUCAUCCUGCUGCAGAACGACGUGGAUCAGAUCAGUCGCCUGGCAACUCUGGUGACAGCGCUGCUCGACUUUCACCGCAGUGCCCACCGCAUCCUGCUGGGUCUCCAUGGCAACCUGCAGGCCAGGUUGACUGCUGCCAGCAACAAGCGAGAGCGACGGUUCAGAUCCAAAAAGAUCCGAGUCAGAGGCGACCACAGCAGCAACAUCGGCUUUUACGACCAGCCAUCUUCAGGUUCAUGUUCAGGGGAUCAGUUCACAGUGUUGCGGUCCAGACCCGGCAGUCCUAACUCCAGCUAUGCUGACAGUCAGCUGGCCCUGGAUCAGCCCUGCUGCCGGGCCUUGUACUCCUUCCUGCCAAACCAUGAGGGCGAGUUGGGCUUCAGCGAAGGGGACAUCAUUAUCCUCACUGGCCGAGUCAACGGCAACUGGUUCGAGGGCUCGCUUGGCAGUCGAUCAGGGCUCCUACCUGUCAGCUAUGUGGACGUGUUGGUGCCUCUGCCGUUACCAUGACAACGCCUCAGUCUAUUACUAGAUUUAGGGUCUCGUGAUAUGCAAAUUGUUUGCUUCUUUUUUGCACUUUUUCAUGAGCAGAUCAGCACGUGACAGAAGAAAGGAAGGCUGGCCAUAAUGCCUUCAGGAAAAUCUUCCUUUUUCUUCUUCUGUUUUGGUUUCAUGUAUAAAACUCAGAGUCGCUGCAUUAGUUUUUCAUCAGACGACAAGGUUCUGAAGUCAGAAGAUGCUCCAAGUAACUCAGGGUUCUGCUGGAUCAGAGACAAAAGCUCUGUUUUGGUUCAGAGGGAUCUAAAUUCAGCCAUCACCACUGGUGAAAGCCAUAGUCAAACAAACAGCACUUGAACGCACCAUGAAGAUCAAAAUCCACCUGCCAGCUAGGAUGUAGUAUCUACACCUACACAGGAGGACAUAACUCCAGCUCUGGAGGGUCACUGAUAAGGGCCAACAGCAGAAGAAAUCUGCAGCCUCAAGCAUUAAAAGAAUGAGAAAAGUAACCUG